CCCUUAGGCUCGUGCACAUCAUACGUCGCAACACAUCGCGCCCUGUCAGCUUCAGUUGGGUAUAGAUUUCCAUUGAACACCGAUCAGUUUCACUUCGAGCUCACAGUUGAAGCACACCCUAUCAGACCUGUCACUAGGAGCACGAAGUAUCUUCUCCAGAAGCUGACCGAAAAGAAGGUCGCCAUAAUGAACCUGCACGAGGAGCCUGUAUUCGAUCUGUGCCGCUUGCCAACUGAAGUCCUAUGUCAUAUUUUUAUCCAUCUUCCCCAAACCGACUACAUGUUGCCCCCCAACUCAAAAUCACCUCCUAUGUUACUCACCAGAAUAUGCCGACGCUGGAGAGAGGUUGCGUUAGACAUGCCCUCCUUGUGGUGCAGACUGACCAUGAAAAUCGACUAUUGGAACUGGCGACAGGCAGUCUUCUGCUAUGACUCGUGGCUCAAGCGCGCACAAGGACGCCCCCUCUCCUUAGAAAUCACGCGCAUCAAAAAUGACACCACCGACCUACGCACGCUUUUGCAACCUUACACUUCUCAGAUUUUCUCUCUCAAAGUCGAGUUUGACAGCGCUAGCCUGAGGGCUGUCGCACCCGAAAUCUUGCUAAGUGACCUCCCGGCACUUCAGGAGCUUCAGGUCGUCAUACAUGCCCUUUUCAAAACACGCGACACACUAUCACCUGUUUUGACAGCCAUCUCGCGACUCUUCACUCUGCGCAGUCUGAAUUUUGAAGCGCUGGAUUGCCACGCCAUUGAGCGCCUAUCUCACCUCAACUUGACAAAUAUCGACCUCUAUAAAAGCAACCCAACCAACAUCAUAAAUUUACUCCAAAAAUUUCCCACCCUCUCCUCGUUAAAAAUCGAGAUGCUCGUCGACGACGGCCUGCCCUGCGAACCGUUUACCCACUCCACCAUUCAAUUACUCUCCAUCCAAGGCAAUGUACGCGGCCCCUUUCACCCAGCAGUACCAUUGGUUCGCUUGUUCAAUGCACUCACGCUUCCCAAUUUGCGCGUGCUUCGUGUCGAAGGUGGAUCCUGGCCUUGUGUUGAAGAUUUAAUUUCGCAUUAUAGGCAUGUCGUCAAGUAGGAGUGUUGUUUUAGUUGUUCGAGUCCAAGUCUCCAAUAUCUGGUGUUCACACACCAUUGACCUUCUUGUGGACUUUCGCAACAAGGUGUUUGAUGGGCUUUCGAGUUGUUGACCGUUUGUAUUUUAACGUUGUGCAAAGAGCUAUGUACUGCCAGUAAACAAGAGUAGUACCCUAAAUUGUUCAAACGAGGUGCGCGUUAUGCGUGU